GGCUGCAAUUUAUAGACAAAAACGAAGCUGCUCGACGAUCUACACUGCCAACACUGUAGAGAGAGAAAAAUCGAGCGUAGGGUGCCUGUGGAAAUAACGGAAACAAUGGAAAACCAACUUUGCAAGCUCUUCGUCGGUGGGUUGAAUGUCCAGACUACUGAUGAUGGACUGCGAAAGCAUUUUGAGCAGUAUGGGAAACUCACCGACUGUGUGGUGGUCCAAAAUCAGAUGCUUAAGCGCUCUCGUUGCUUUGGCUUUGUCACUUACUCGACUCCAGCUGAGGCCGACGCAGCUAUGGCGGCCCGUCCGCAUGUGGUAGACGGUAAUAACGUAGAGCUGAAGAGAGCUGUUGCACGUGAAGAUGCCGGUAAACCAGAAGCCCUGGCAAAAGUGAAGAAAAUCUUUGUCGGGGGCCUAAAAGAAGAUGUGGAUGAGCAACACCUGAAUAAUUACUUUUCUCAAUUCGGCUCUAUCGAGAAAGCAGAGGUAAUCAGUGACAAAAACACCGGGAAGAAGAGAGGUUUCGGCUUUGUCUACUUCAAUGACCACGACUCUGCAGAUAAGGCCGUCGUGUUGAAGUACCACACGAUCAACGGACAUAAGGUGGAAGUGAAGAAGGCUCUGUCUAAGCAGGAGAUGCAGGCAUCCACAACCACUCGUGGAGGUGGUCGGGGCAGAGGUGGACGCGGAGCGGGAAGGUCUCAAAAUGGCUACGCCGGUGGAAGAGGAGCCAGCAGUUACAACAGUUAUGGCGGCGGCUACGGUGGCGGUUAUGGCAGCAGUGAUGGCGGUUAUGGUAGUGGAUAUGGGAGCAGCGGUGGCUAUGGCGGCGGUUACAGCGACAGCCAAAUGGGAGGUUAUGGAAAUGGCUACAGUGACUUUGGUAGCGGCUAUGGGCAGCAGUCCUCGGGCUAUGGAGCGAUGAAAGGAGGCAGCUUCUCUGGCCGAAGCAGCGCUCCAUAUUCGAGAGGUGGCGGCUACAGUAGGGGGGGCUAUGGCGGCUCCUACUAAGUCGAGAUCCACACCGCCUCUGCAGUCCACAGCCGUGCAUCGAGCAUCUCCGUCUCCUUAGCCGGGAUUUACCCAACAGCUUUGUGGGGAGAAGUAACCAGAUUUCUGUCUUCGAAGAAUGCACAGACAAGUCUAAGUUUUGACUGAAUACUUGAACAAUCAAGCAAGAAAGCUGCUUUUUCGAGUCAUAAGAAAUGAGGAAAUUGUUGCACAUCAGUACCAUCUGGAGCAGAUUUCAGUAUAGCAUUGUGUUCCAACUUCGUUCUCAUCUAGGCCUCCUAGGACAUUUUAAGCACAAUUUGAAAAGUUACAACAGCAGACAUGGCAGACUUUGCACGCUAGCACAUAGAAUGUCCUCCUUGGAAUAAUUUAGUGUAAACAGGUCUUUUUGUAAGUUUAUAAACUGCAGCAGUUAUGCCUGUUAAUUAUUCAAAUAACUGAUUUUCUUGUUAUAACAUUGUUUUUUAAAUUUUGUUGUAAUUUUACUGUUUUUUUUUUUUUUUUUUUUGGG